ACCGAAUGCAUGUUUGAAAAAUCACCGAUUUAGUUGUGAUGUGAUUUACAUCCUUCCUCUUUCUAUACUUUGAUCAAAUCGAAGAAUAAUCACACACUCACCUCGAUGACCACAACAGCCAUGUCAUCUCUCCUCUUCACCGUCGCCCGUCCUAAAAGCACGGAAUUUUAUAAUAAAACAAACAUAACACUCAGCAAAUCAAGUUUUUUUUUAAGGAAACAAUCUCACUGCCUCGCUCUCUCUCGCUCUUGAUAAGUUAAGUUAUAAACCAUCACCGCCAUCGAACCAGUUCUUGAUCAUACUAUAUGGCUGAGCUGACUCAUCCCGAGGUGGUUUACUCACCACGGUCAAUUCAGUUAUGGAGGGCACUGUGGAACUGGCUUGCUUUCUUCUUCCAGAUCUUUUUACAGAUCCUUAGAGCCGUUGGACCUCGAUCUCUCUCUACUCCUUCUCAUACUUUCAAGCCCUUGCCUCUUGGCGAGUUGCCUGAGACCACCGAUCCUCCUCCCGCAACAGUCGAGAUCCCCGCCGGCACCGACGCCAUUUCCGCCAACGAGCCUAUCCAGAAACUCACCGUGGUUCUUGACUUGGAUGAAACUCUAGUAUGUGCUUAUGAGACAUCUAGUUUGCCAGCGCUUCUGUGCAAUCAAGCAAUGGAAGCUGGAUUGAAGUGGUUUGAGCUGGAAUGUGUAUCUUCAGACAAGGAAUGCGAAGGGAAACUUAAGAUCAAUUAUGUUACGGUAUUUGAGCGUCCAGGGUUGGAUGAAUUCCUAAAACAACUCAGUGAAUUUGCAGAGCUUGUGCUAUUUACAGCUGGCCUUGAAGGUUAUGCCAGACCACUUGUUGACAGAAUAGAUACAGAAAAUCGAUUUAGUCUACGUCUUUAUCGGCCUUCAACAACUAGCACGGAGUAUCAGGAGCAUGUGAAAGAUCUCUCCUGCAUAUCAAAUGAUCCAUGCCGGGUUGUUAUUGUUGACAACAAUCCAUUCAGUUUCUUGUUGCAACCACUGAAUGGAAUUCCAUGCGUUCCAUUUUCUGCAGGACAACCACAUGAUACACAGCUUCUGGAUGUGCUUCUUCCACUCCUCAAGCACCUCUCUCAGCAGAACGAUGUGAGACCUGUACUCUCUGAAAGAUUCCACAUGCUUGAAUGGUUUCAGAAGCAGGGAAUCCCUGCUUCUGGUUGGACGUAGCAGGAUAAAAGAUCAUCUGCAACUGGAAGCAGCCCUCCUUUGUACCAUCCACAGUUACUUCAUUCAAAGGCAGCAACUUAUUGUAGGAGCAAUGGAUUUUGUAUAGCAUUAAUUUCUCCUGCAGAGGCAUUGAUGAAAGCUGAAGUAACACAGCUUCAGAAAAAGGAUUUAUCUGCUGCUUUUAUUGGUCAAAUAGGUACAACAUUUAUGUCUGUAGAUUUGUUUAUACUCCGAUUCUUGUUGUAACUGUGUUUAUAUGUUUGCACCUUGCAGUCUGCUUGAUUGUUUAUGUAUCUUUUAGACUUCUGUAUAUCUGCUCCUCGUUAACAAAGGUUGUUAGUUUACUCGUUA